UAUUACAAUUUGCUUUUGCCUGAUUUGAACAUUUCUUGUGUGUCAGAAAAACUCACAUAAUAUCCCAUUCUUCAUCUCCAAGAAAAUACGCCCACAAUCUUCAUUCUUGGAUCAAUACAAUUUAUACAAAAACCUCUGUUUACCAUUUUCUUCUGAUGGAUACUUUGGAUGGUUCAGAAAAUGCAAAUAUUUCUCCCACAUCUCCAAAUUCGACGACUUUUGGAGUUCAAUUCAGUCCGCUGCGCUUCUUCCAAUCCCCAGUUUCCACUUUGCUUGAGUAUUCCGGACUCCUUCGGGUCCGACCCGAUAACCCAGAAACGGAGCCUCUUGUAGCUGAUAAUAAUACCAAUGUUAGUGGAGAUAUUAAUAGUAGCAGUAGUGGGGAGGUUUCAAUUAGAAUAACUGAGGGUGAGGAUAGUGGGGAGGGAGAGGGCGGUGGUUCUGUUGAGGAGAGGGAGGGUUCUGGUGUGGACGCGUCCACGGUGCCUACUGUUAGUGCUGAGGAUGAUGAUGAUGAUGCUGGGAGUAAUAAUAGGGAUUCGACGUACCAAAGAUUUGAUAUACAGCAAGUGGCAAGGUGGAUUGAGCAGAUUCUUCCAUUUUCCUUGCUUCUCUUGUUUGUUUUCAUCCGCCAGCAUUUGCAAGGUUUCUUUGUCACAAUUUGGAUCACUGCCUUCAUGUUCAAGUCAAAUGACAUUCUUCGGAAGCAGACAGCAUUAAAGGGAGAGAGAAAGAUAGAUGUCCUUGUUGGUUAUUUUGUGGUUUUCGUGAUUCAUGUUAUUGGAAUCUACUGGUGGUAUCGUAAUGAUGACCUUUUCUAUCCAUUGCUUAUGGUUCCUCCGAAGGUCAUCCCACCUUUCUGGCAUGCUAUAUUCAUGAUCCUGGUAAAUGAUACGAUGGUGCGUCAGGCAGCAAUGGCUUUGAAGUUGGUGCUGCUUAUGUAUUACAAGAAUGGCAGGGGCCACAAUUUUCGUAGACAGGGUCAAAUGCUGACUCUGGUGGAGUACACACUGUUGUUAUAUCGUGGACUGUUACCUGCUCCUGUUUGGUAUAGAUUCUUUCUCAAUAAGGAUUACGGCAGCCUUUUUUCAUCACUGACAACGGGGUUGUACUUGACGUUUAAGCUUACCUCAAUUGUUGAGAAGGUAAAAUCAUUCUAUACUGCUUUGAAGGCAUUGUCCAAAAAGGAAGUCCAUUAUGGGUCUCAUGCCACACCUGAGCAGGUAAAUGCGGCUGGUGAUCUGUGCGCUAUUUGCCAGGAGAAGAUGCAUGCACCAAUUUUGUUGCGUUGCAAACACAUCUUCUGUGAAGACUGUGUCUCAGAGUGGUUUGAAAGAGAAAGAACUUGCCCUCUGUGCAGAGCAUUGGUCAGACCGGCUGAUCUAAGAUCUUUUGGUGAUGGAUCCACUAGCCUUUUCUUCCAGUUAUUUUAGAUACACUACAUCCGACCAGAGUAAAUAUCAUGUCCAUGCAAGUGGCAUUUUCCACAGCUUUGCACUUCUGGAUUCUAGGGGUUGCCCUGUAAUGGUUUUCCGCGAGAAUGCAGCAUUAGAAAAAGGCUAACUCUUCAUUGGUUCUGGCUCUACGAAGAAGGAAUUUGUGGGGUGAGAUAAUCUCCUAAUCCCAUAUUGUACAUAAAUUGAUUUUUUAAUUAUAUUAUGAAGAGAAUAUAUUCCCUGUAAUACUUCUCAAAAAAUAGAAAGAAAGAAAAUAUCCUUGCAAUCUGUAUGUAAGUCACAAUUUCCUAACCUAAGAACUUGCAAAUUUUUGUUCUGUUUUGCGUCGUUUUGGGAUCCUCAGUGUCAUUUUUGAAAACGAAAGACAUUAAUGUUGUGAAAGUAUUAUAACAUUUGUGUCGUUGCUUA